AUGCCUUCUCGUACCAACAUGGGUUCCCGCCGCGAGUCGUGGCCGCCCACGCAGCUGCGCCUGGUGCGGUCCAGCUCCGCCAAGAGCACCGAGCCACGCCCGCUCCUCGAGGACAUUGACGAGGAUCCCCUCACCUACUUUCUCACCCCCAACGCCGACGACCAGGACCUGCAGCACUUUUCCGACUCGGACGACCCCGACGACGUCCUCGACUUUGACGCCGGCAUCGAGGUCGCCGGCCGGCCCAAGAACCUGGUCCGCAGCGUAAGCCCUUCGACCCUGGACGGCCUGCGCAAGGGCCUGGGCGGCGGCGUCCGUCUCCGCCGCGCCGCGUCGCCGGACUUCGACUCGGACGGCCUGACGUCCGAGGACGACGACGACGGCGAGGACUACGUUCGCUUCUUCUCCUCCUCGCCUUCCUCGCCGCCCGCGUCGCCGCCACCGUUUCGCACCCGCAGCCCCGGCAGCCUGCUCAGCGCCAUGCCUCGGCACAGCUUCGCCGGGUUUCGCUCGCGCAGCCCCAUCAUGGGCGGGUUUGCGUCCCCUGCGUCGUCCUCAUUCCCGGCACCGGCACCGUCGUACUCCACCAACACCACCACCACCAUGGCACCGGCGGCGGCUUCUGCGCGCGGACGGGCCACCUUGGCAUCGCGCCGCGGCCGAUCGUUUGCCGGCGCUGGUGCCUCGGCUCGUCUGAGCAGACCAGGCCAUCUCUGGCGCGAGCCGAGCGCGGAUGUCUGGUCCAUCGAGGAGGAGACGGAGGAGGAGCUGAUGAUGAGUGAGACGCGAGGUCGCGCCGGCGGAGUGGCCACCAGCACGGCCUUCCAGCGGGCCAAGCCGAUCAAGAGGGUUCGCUUUGUGCUUCCUGAUGAGGAGUGA